UAUUGGACCAAAUACUAUAGUUUCAGCAUGAUGAAAGUUCUAUGUUUAAGUCUACUUUCACUUGGAUUCAUCAACAGUACAUUAGGAGCAAGCAUACAGAAUGGACAGUUUGAUAAAGCAGAUGGGGCAAAUUUGGCUGAGGGUGUCGUAGAGAUGGCCCAGUAUGAGCCAUAUACAUGGCCCCCUCCACCCCCUUGGCAGCAGAAGGCACACAUGGCCCGUUAUCUUGCGCACUAUGCAGACUGGUGUGUUGUGUCUUCAUUUUCUGAAGAUCUCGGUGGUGUUCCCUUUGGCGAACUUCAAUCCUUUGCAGAUGGGACGCUUGAUGAAAGCUCUGGAACACCAUACUUCUACUUGGCUGAAGUUUCAACCAUGUUGAAAAAUAUCAAAUUCAAUAAUAGUGUAUCUAUCACAGUCUCUCAGGCACAAAGCGAUUAUUGCAGUAAACACCAAAUGGACCCUGAGCUGCCGACAUGCUCAAGAGUGACCCUAUCUGGAAAGAUGUUGGCAGUUGAAGGACAAGAGGCAGCUACUGCUAAGCGCUACCUGUUUUCCAGGCAUCCAGAUAUGCCAACAUGGGGAUCAGGUUGGUACUUUUAUAAGCUGAACAUCAGGUCCAUAUUUCUCCUGGAUUACUAUGGAGGAGCUGCUCAUGUUCAAGUGGAUGAAUAUUACGAAUACUAGUGUAUGAACUAGAUUAUUCACCUGACAAUCCAAAAGGACACUGUGGCUUGGGGUACAAUUAAAUCUAAAUGUAACAAUAGACUACAAGGAUACAAUGACUUGGAUUACAAUUAAUGAAUAUGAAUGUAACAAGAGACAAGAUAUAACACCAACAGCUCAAUGUCUCUGCAGUAUCAGAUUGUGUACACACAAAACAACACUGAAAGUCAGCUAAGGACUGUCUGUAACAAGCAUAUUGGUUAUUAUCCACCAGAUUUCACCUGAGAUUCAAUUAACUAUAGCCUGGUAAAUAGAAAAAAUAACUUGUUCUUGUUUCAUACAAUUUCUUUAUUUCAACAAUACUGCACAUUUUAUUCAUCACAUACAGACAAAUACACUUUUAACCAUCACAGAUUCUAA